AUGGGCAUUUCAGAUGUGGGGGUUUAUGGGGUUUUCGAUGGCCACGGCAGCAACGCCGUUAGCCAGUGGACUGCUGCGAACCUGCUGCGGAUCUUCUCGGAGUGCCUGCUGGCAGUGCGGGCGGAGAUGGCUGCGGAGCACCAGCAGCUGCCGCGCGGCAGCAACCGGGGCGCAGCAGCAGCAGCAGCAGCAGCAGCAGCAGGCGACACCGCAGCAGCAGCAGCAGCAGCAGCAGCAGCAGAGGAGGAGGACAGCAGCAGCUUCAUGACCAGCAGCGUGGCAGUGGUUUGCCAAGCUCUUGAAGAUGCUUUUCUUGCUGUUGAUGAAAAAAUCCAAACUCCAGAAAGCAGAUACGCGCUGCUCAAACUCUUCGAGGACGCUCAAAAAGAACAAAUGGGAACAGAAACUUACUUGGAAUGGUUCUUGCGAAACGGCGGCGACGCCCGCGUACUGAUGGUUGCAAAUGAAGAUGGAGAGGGAGAAAAUAAAAAAGAAGAAACGGAAGAAGAAGAGCCGACAGGGGAAAAGAGCCCCCAAGGGGAGGCCUCGCGGCCGCUGGCUUUGGGGCGUCUGGACAGCACUUCGGACAUUGGGGCGAAGGCAGAGCGGCAGCAGCAGCAGCAGCAGCAGCAGCAGCAGCAGCAGCAGCAGCAGCAGGACGAGGAGGCAGCAGCGGGGAGAGAAGGGAGCUCGUCGCCUUCGAGCGAGUCGGACGGGGAGGAGAGCGAGGAGAGCCCGCGCAGCAGCAGCAGCAGCAGCAGCAGCAGCAGCAGCAGCAGGCGGCCUGCAGCAGCAGCAGCAGCAGCAAAGGGGCAGCGGAGUUCGUCUCCCCGCGGGGCCCCCGCGCGCGUGUCUGCGUCUGAGGGGGCGAAGGCAGCAGCAGCAGCAGCAGGAGGCCAGGUGACCUCCGCAGCCUCCGCCUCAGCAGCAGCAGCAGCAGCAGCAGCAGCAGCAGCAGCAGCAGCAGAAGACUUGGAAGCAGCAGCAGAAGCCCCUCAACGCCUCGAACACCCCCACCCCUCCUCCCCAGAAGGCUGCGGCUCCACAGCCAUCGUUUGCUGCCUCUUGGAUGCAGCAACUCCCCUCAUUGUUGCAGCAAAUGCCGGAGACUCCCGCGCAGUUCUUUCCAGAGCUGGACUUGUAAUCUUUUUUCUUUUUUCUUUUUUGUUUUGUUUUGUUUUUUUCUUUUGUUUUGUUGUUUUGUUUGGUUCUUUUGUUCCUUUGUUUUGUUGUUUUGUUUUUUUUCUUUUGUUUGGUUGUUUUGUUGUUUUUUUUGGUUGUUUUGUUGUUUUGUUUUGUUGUUUUGUUUUGUUUUGUUUUGUUGUUUUGUUUUGUUGUUUUGUUUUCUUUUGUUGUUUUGUUCUUUUGUUCUUCUGUUUUAUUCUUUUGUUUGUUUUGUUUGUUUGGUUUGUUUUUGUUUGUUUUUGUUUUGCUUUUUUUGCUUUUUUAUUUCUUUUUUUGUUCCGUUUUUGCUCUGAAGGGCCUUCUUCUUGGUGCUUUAUUUCUUUUAAUUGUUUUUAUUUUUAUUUCUUUUAUUCCUUUUUAUUUCUUUCAAUUCUUUUAUUUCUUUUUAUUUCUUUUAUUUCUUUUUAUUUCUUUUUAUUUGUCUUUUUAUUUCUUUUUUAUUUCUCUUUUUGCGUUUUUUUGGUUUUUCGGAUCUUUUUGGGCUUUUUUUUUGGCUCCUUUUUAAAUCCAUUUGGUCUCCUUUUAGUCUCCUUUUCAUUCUGUCUUUAA